CCACAUUCUCGUUGGUUCAGGAUGCUUCUGUUUUUUCGCCCAACAAGAAACUACCGAGUGCGAACCUUCUCUUUGUCAUCUCAUCAAUUGCCUCUUUGAGUUUCCCUCCUCAUUUCUGCUAGCUUCCGAGUCCUUCGCUUUCCUUCAUCCGAAUCGUAAGUCAAACUAAAUCCUUCUGAAUUUCCCUUUCCAUUCUCAUUUCCCGUUUUCUGAUGAUGUAAUUAGAAUCUUUCCCUCCUCGAUGACCCCCUUUACCGGGGGCCGAACAUAUGAUUGCCAGAGACCAAUUUCUUCUGUACUUCAAAGAUGAUAUCUUAAUUUUCAGUUGUCCAGAACCCAUUUCUUCUUCUGGGCUUUAGUUAGCGUGUCAUACAUAUUGCUACUGGUCUUUUAGUUGGAAUCUCUACUAUGAAGCCUUGUAGUAGAAUCCUAAGAAGCUGUAAAAGCUCAUCGAUUUUUGCUUUUUCUCCGACGGAGCUCAAUAAUUCAGUCGAGGACAUGUUGUCCAAAUUACAUACCAAUUCAAUACAUCACUGUAGAUACCAUACCCGUGUGAUCAGUAAGGAUGGGAGAAAUUUUAACGUUUCUAGUUCAGAUUGGGGUCCAUUUAGAUUUUUUCGUACCGCCGGAAGUGUUAAUAUAGGGGGUGGUGGGAGAAUUUCAUCGAUACUGAACGUAGAUUCCUAUGUUAGAUAUCAUUCUACAUCAGUUGAUUCUCAUGUUAAUGAAAGAAACUUCGAGAAAGUUCACAUUCAAGGUGGAUUGAAUGCGAAUCCCUUUGUGAUUGAAAGAAUUGAGACUGAUGAAAGUAAAUUGGAACAAGUCUCUUUAGAAACAAUUAAUGGUUCGAAUGUAAAUAUAGAUAAUCUGAAUGGUUUGGAUAAGAAUAAGGUUGAAAGGGAGGUGUCUGAGAUUGAAAAAGAAGCUUGGAAGUUGCUUCGAGGUGCGGUUGUCACAUACUGUGGAGAUCCAAUUGGGACCGUUGCAGCUAAUGACCCUGCUGACAAACAGCCACUAAAUUAUGAUCAAGUCUUUAUCCGUGAUUUUGUUCCAUCAGCACUUGCUUUUCUGCUCAAUGGCGAAGGGGAGAUUGUCAGGAAUUUUUUACUUCACACAUUACAGUUGCAGAGUUGGGAGAGGACUGUUGACUGCUACAGCCCGGGGCAAGGGUUAAUGCCAGCAAGCUUCAAAGUUAGGACCGUGCCUCUUGAUGGAAGCAAUGAAGCAUUUGAGGAAGUUUUGGAUCCUGAUUUUGGUGAAUCAGCUAUUGGCCGUGUUGCACCUGUUGAUUCUGGAUUAUGGUGGAUUAUCUUGUUGAGAGCUUAUGGGAAGCUCACUAGUGACUAUGCAUUGCAAGAGAGGGUGGAUGUCCAGACAGGAAUAAGGCUGAUUCUUAAACUGUGUCUAACUGAUGGUUUCGAUAUGUUUCCUUCUCUUUUAGUUACUGACGGCUCCUGCAUGAUUGAUAGACGUAUGGGGAUUCACGGUCAUCCUCUUGAGAUCCAAGCCUUAUUUUACUCAGCCUUGCUUUGUUCUCGUGAGAUACUUACAGUCACUGAUGCAACCGAGAAUCUUGUUGCUGCCAUAGAUAAUCGCCUGAGGGCACUCUCCUUUCACAUGAGAGAGUAUUAUUGGGUCGAUAAGAAAAAGAUUAAUGAAAUUUAUCGUUAUAAGACUGAAGAAUAUUCUACUGAUGCCAUCAACAAAUUUAACAUCUAUCCUGAGCAAAUUCCUUCUUGGCUGGUGGACUGGAUCUCUGAGGAAGGUGGCUACUUCAUUGGCAAUUUGCAGCCUGCUCAUAUGGAUUUUAGGUUUUUUACCCUCGGAAACCUUUGGUCCAUUGUUUCUUCUCUAGGCACCACAAAACAGAAUGAGGGAAUAUUGAAAUUAAUGGAGGCCAAAUGGGAUGACCUUGUCAGUCAAAUGCCUUUUAAGAUUUGCUAUCCUGCACUCGAGCGUGAGGAGUGGCGUAUAAUCACUGGCAGUGACCCUAAGAACACCCCUUGGUCAUACCACAACGGUGGAUCUUGGCCAACACUUCUCUGGCAGUUCACUCUAGCCUGCAUCAAGAUGGAAAGGCCUGAUUUGGCAAAUAAGGCUGUUAACUUGGCAGGGGAAAGGCUUUCUGUGGAUGGAUGGCCAGAGUAUUAUGAUACCCGAAAAGGAAGGUUUAUUGGCAAGCAGUCCAGGCUGAUGCAAACAUGGACUAUUGCUGGUUUCCUUACCUCAAAGAUGCUCUUACAGGAUCCAGAGAAGGCAUCCUCGUUGUUUUGGAAUGAGGAUAAUGAACUUCUUCAAUCUUGUAUCUGCAUGCUUAGCAAAGCUGCUAGAAGGAAGUGUUCACGUUUUGCUGCGAGACCACAGAUUCUUGUUUAAAAGAGAAGCAUAUCAAAGUUUCAACCCUCUUCUUUCAGUCUGCCUGGUGGUUCAGUGGCCGACUAUGGGCAUGCAAUGAGAUCACUCUUUAGAUGAAAGUAAUCAUUUGAAGGUGACCUCAUUCAAUAGCAGAAUUGGUUCUGAAGAAACCCCAUUUUAUAUAAUAAAAAACAUUGUUUUCCAAUUUAAUAUGAGCUGCUAUCCGUUUAGUGACAACAGCUCAUUGUAUAAUUUUUGUACCGUUAGAAAAGCUUCAAAAAGGUUUGAUUAAUAAAAUAAAUUUAGUCAAUUGUUAAAA